AGAUAUAAUCUCCCCAAAAAAAUCGAUAAAAAUGAGAAGAGGAGCCCAGCCGCCGCCGGCUGAAGACGUGGAAAAAUGCGAGGAAGACGAUUGCAAAAAGAGAUUUUUGAAGAAACGAACAAAGCGAAAUGCUGAUAAUACUUAUCAUCCAAGUCAUAAUAAGAAAUCUACCGCAGAAAUUCCGGAUUUUCGAACAAGCGCCGUCUCUGAAAGGGAUAAUGAAACAAUUUUAAUGCUUCCACCAGUAGGAAAUGUCGAAGAGCACGAUAUUGAGCAAUUUAAGCGAGAAACAUGUCAUUUGCCAGAGGAUGUGGCAUUCCGAAUUCUCUCGUUCUACGAAUAUGAUUUUGAAACUGCGACACGUGUCGCCUUGCAAAUGGAUGCUCCGGAUUUGAUGCCGGAUUUUGCCAAGAAAAUUAUGAUCGCGAAUGCUCCGUUUGAAAGGGAUGCAAAAUCGCGGAAAAGGAUGCACUACGAGGAAUUUUAUUUUACAAAAACUUUCCGAAAAGGAGUGGACACAAAAACGCUGGUCAAUUUCUACUAUAAAGAAAAAAACAAAUUGUGCGGAAAUUGGCGCCUCGAGACCCCAGAUCGCCUGGUUACUCCUGAAGAUAAGCAGAGGCUGGAAGAGAAAAUGAAGGCCAGUAAUAUCACAAUUUAUCAGCAAGACCCAAAAAAGCAGACGCGUGCUCAGAAGGCCAUGUCAACUCGCCUAGCGAAUCUACGUGGUAGUAGAGGAGGACAGGAAACGGAUCUGAACAACGAUUCGGACACCACCUCGGUGAACAGCGCUCAAGAAUCCACGAAUGGAACUCCGAUGCCGGAGCCGGAGCCAUCACGACCACCACGCAUCAACUUGAAAUUCCGAUUCACUCCGUCAAAACUCGGAACAGCGACGCCGGGCAUUUCGAUCAUUUCCUCGCCGACUCCACCGAAAUCUCCGCCGAAAUCCACCCCGCGAACUUCAAAAUCGACGCCACCGAAGCGCCCAUACCUAAAGCGAUCUCUCGAGCAGGCCCGCGGCGGAGCCCAGAAGUCCUAUCCGGCCCGAACGCGACGCUCGACGAACAUCUUUGAAUAAUUCCCCAUCUCAACUCUCACUUUUUUGCCGGUUGUGUAAUAUUUAUUCUAACGUGAUUUUUGUUGUGUCACUUUCUCAUAUUUUGUGUUGUUUUUUUAAUAGUAUAAUAAAUAUUAUUUAUUUUGAGACAAAAAAUUUGAAAAAAAAAAA